CUCAAAUACACAGCCACAACAGCAGGAGUGAUCUCACCUCCUCUCCACCCCUUCUAUCCUGUCGCCGCUGUCAGCCUCCACAGAAAAAGAGCGCAGAGCCGUCAGCAGCAGCAGCAGCAGCAGCGGCUGUGCAAGAAGAACAACAGAUUCGUUUUACGGUGGAUUUUUUUUUCACCCCCUGAAAAAAAAAAAAAAAAAAAACCAAACCAACAGGACCACUACUGAGCGACAGAGGCGAGCAACCAUGGAAGAACUUACGGCAUUCGUGUCGAAGUCUUUCGAUCAGAAGAGCAAGGAGAGCAGCAAAGAGAGCAUCACGUACAGGGAAGUUUUGGAGAGCGGCUUGGCUCGGGCUCGGGAGCUGGGCAGCCCGGAGACCAACCUGCAGGACAUUACGGACACCAACCACUGCCCCGUGCACCUCUACAAGGACCACGUGGAGCUGGAGAAGGAGAAACUGAAGGACUUUAAUGUUUCCAGAGCGACAGAUGGGAUAUACGAGUGCAAAGAGAAAAAGGAGGACGUCAAGUCCGAGGACGAGGACGCACAGGGCAAACUGAAGCAGCGGCGGAGUCGCACUAACUUUACCUUGGAGCAGCUCAACGAGCUGGAGCGGCUCUUUGAUGAGACGCACUACCCGGACGCUUUCAUGAGAGAGGAGUUGAGCCAGAGACUUGGACUGUCAGAGGCCAGAGUGCAGGUCUGGUUCCAGAACAGAAGGGCGAAAUGUCGAAAGCAAGAAAAUCAAAUGCACAAAGACAUCUUUCCCUUCUCCCCAGGUGUGAUUCUGGGCAGCGGUAGUCACCUGGAUGCUUGCAGAGUAGCACCCUAUGUCAAUAUGGGCGCCCUGCGAAUGCCCUUUCAACAGGUUCAAGCACAGCUACAGCUGGACGGAGUCACCCAUUCACAUCCCCACCUACAUCCUCACCUUGCCGCUCACGCCCCCUACCUGAUGUUCCCACCCCCUCCUUUCGGACUACCUAUUGCCUCCCUUGCCGACUCCGCCUCAGCGGCAGCAGCAGUGGCGGCGGCCGCCAAAAGCAACAGCAAGAACUCCAGCAUCGCUGACCUGCGACUCAAGGCAGGACUUCUGCGGGGCCAGUGGCUCAGUCCACUCCAGGCACAGAUCACAUCCCAAGGACCGUACAAACACAUGUGGAUGUCUGUCUGAGGGCCAGGACGGGGGCCCCCCGUCAGACCAGAGGACGUUAGAACAAAGCAAACUGGCAGGGUCAAGAGCAGAGACUCGCUGCCACUGGCUGCCGUCACAAACAGAGGGGUCGAGCUUUUUUUUAGGGAGGGGGGGGAGGCAGGCCCACACAUCAUCUCACCAAAGCUUUGGAAUGGCUUUCACCUUUCCACCCCGCUCAGUAGUUUGAAGAAGAAAAACAAAAAAAAGGCCAUAUUUGUCUCCAACCACUGUGUUUGCUGCUGCUGCAGAGUGCAUGAGCUCUCAUGGAGGACCGUACCAUGGCCGGUCCCCCAUCGCCCACCUGACGCAACUUCUCAACAGCUGUUUUUAACACUGCCGUUCAGCAGCCCUGUUAAAGUCAAAGGUCUCCAUCCCAAAAAAACAUUGCUCUUUUAGUGGACCUGUGCUGUAACAAGAGAAACAACCCUCUGUUUGUUUUUGUUUUGCUUUGCUUUGGGAAGUGAGAGACUUUUUUUGUGGGAUGCUGGACUUGUGACGGAAUGAAAUCCUCCUCAUGGCGUGCUCUCUCUUACUACAUUUCCUUCUUGUUGUGUUGUAACUAAGGUAAAAGAAGUGAAGAUAGCCUUUGCACUUCAGGUCUUGUAAGAGGGUGUUUACAAAUGGCACUACAAGCGAAACUACUUUACUAAUUAAAGAGGGAGGGGAGGGAGGGUUUUGAUAUCAUCACGAUAAGCAAAGGGUAUAAUGGGAAUUUCUUUGUUUUUGCUUUUGUAAUUCUGAAAAUAUGAACCAAGCAUCAGUCAAACUGAAAUGCAGAUGUGUGCAGUUUAAGUGCAAUACUGUAAAUAGCAAAAAAAAAAGUUACAACAGCUAGCAGUUAAUCCUCGAUGAUAGAAAAAGAAAAAAACAAAAAAAACUCUUUCCUUGUUUUCCAUGCACUGUUGGAAAGUUAAUUUCUUAACGGCAGUGCAUGUUUUAUUUCAAUCAAGAAAAAUUAAUCAGGUGCCAUAUCCCGCAAAGCUCACACGUAUUCUGACGUUUUGUUUCAACAGGCACAUCUGUCUGGGAAGACAUGAGCACAGAUUUUGGAUGCUGCAAAGACAAGACAUAAAAUCUAACCUACUUUGAGAUUUUGAAUAUUUUGAACAAAUUAAGUCUGCAACAUCAGCAGGCAGUUCAGUACAAUUAGCUGACUUUUUGCAUGUAAUAACAGAUAUUUUUUACCAGUCCUUCCCAGAUAAUUUAGAUUAGAUUUCCUUAUUUUAAACAAAACAAUUCAAUCUAAUUCAAAGCAACACUGCAGCACUAGAUAUGUAGAUCAUUUUCAGGUCUAUGUAUACCUCCAAACAUUUUCUACGUUAUCAGACCUCCAUUUAAAAAUGUUUAUCUAUGUCUCCAUUUUUAAAUUAAACCUAUGAGUGUUUUAUUUUAUUUAUUAUUUUGUCUGAAAGUUUUAUGGAUGAAAUACAAGUGUACAUUUUUACAUGGCUUUGCAUUUAUUUUUGUAAUGUUUUUUUUUAAGUGUUUAAUUUGAAUUAGGAGGUGUGGCCGUAGUGCAUCGUUUGCCUAAAAAAAGAAAAAGAAAAAAAAAGCGUAAAAAAUAAAAUAAAAGGUAAUGUAGCGUGUCUGAGUUUACAAAGAUUUCAGGGAUGGUUGAACUUAAACAAUUCUCCAUGGAAUUUGUUGUACCCAUUCAAAGGAUUUUCAUUUCAUAUGCAAGCAUGCCUAUACAUGGAUCAUCGUACAGCUGUUUUUGUUUCCACCCCUUUUUGAUUCACAAAAUAUGAAUGUACAUCUUGUACGAAUAAAAUAUCAAUAAAGCUAUAAAUAUUUGUA